AUGGCUACACUCCAUACUCGGAUCUCCCCGCUCACGUCACUGACACGUCAGCAGAAUCACCGCCUUCCUUCAUCAGUCCUUCCAGUUGCUUUAGCUACUAGGCGCUCAGUCUCCUCUGCUGCUCUGUUGCCAGACGAACCCCGAAGGAGCAACCAUGACGGUAGCAGCAAGAGCAGUAACCAGACCAGCAAGAAGAGCAGUAGAAAUCCGGUGAGCAGCCACGUCAGCAGCACACGGAAAGGCCUCGGUGCAGGGAAGGGGUCCCUGAGCCUUGUUUCUGGGGCGAAGGGGUUCCGUGCGGUGGUGAGCUUUGCAAUCCGGAAGUUGAGGGGUGGUGGUGGUGUGUGGGAGGGGCAGCAUGAGGUCUGUGAAGCUGAAGAGCGGGACGGGUAUCACGCAGUGGAGAUGGGUGAAGCAGCAAAGGGUGCGGUGGAGAAUGAUGCUGUGCGGUCUAAUCCGGCCGCUUAUAACGCGUAUGUGUCAACUGGUGUCACAAAUGGAGCAGUCCGGGCGGUCAGAGAGGACAACGGGAGCAGCAGAGGGGCAAGUGAGGGCACAGGAAGUAGCAGGGGUGCAGAGGCUGAGGGAAUGAGUGAAGAGGCGCUGGAUCGACAACAUGAAUUUCGGCAGGAGCGGUUGAGUCAGGUGCUGGGUGCAGUAACAGCAGUGGAGGAUCAAGAAGCAACGGAUGAAAGAGAAGGGAUGGGGGAGAAACCAGGCAAUUGUGACCUUGUAAAGGGGACGGUACAAGUGACUGCAAGCUCGUCACCUGCCACACCUACAGGGGACGGUGGAAUCGGUGCACCUCUGCAAUCGCCCGCUGAUACAGAUUCUAGCCAUCUGUUUUCUGAGCCCGUGCUCGCAACAGCAGCCGGAGAUAUGGCGUUUUCCCUUAGCACCUCGGAUGUUGGCAUGGAGGAGGAAACGCAGGGAAUAGACGGAGAUGAGCGGGGGGAAGAGGAGGAAGAGGGGGAAGAUGGGGGUGAGGAAGAGGAGGGUGAGGAAGAAGAGGAGGAAGAGGAAGGGUUGUUGUUGGAGGCGGAGGAGGGAGGGCAGGAGCGCAAGAGUGUGUUGCGGCGGGGCCUGGCAGUCUCCUCCCGAACUCUCUCCUGGAUUUCUGACGUGGUUGUCUCACCCGCACUCAGCUUCACUGGCCCACCAGUGGCGCGUGCAUUCAACUCGCUGCCUCGCAUCCGCAUGGGAGUGCUCCUAGACGUGGCAAGGAGUGUGCGUGCCAGUGCAGGCGGCAUGGGCGCAUGGUCAAUGCGGGACCUCACUCACGGGCUGUACCUGCUGUCGCUGCAGCAUGCUGAGGAGAGAGCGGUUGACACAGUGGCAUCUACACCAGUUACAGACGAGCAAACAGUGCAGGAUCUGAUCUACCACUGCGAGUUUGCCAAGGCGGCCAUUGCCACAUCGCACAGAGCCAUAGCGCAGGCGUGCAUGGUUCGCCCCAACCGCAUAGUCAAGAUCGUACCCAAGGCUCGGUAUGGCAGGCCGGCCUACUUCAUAGCUCUGGACGACAAGCGUCGUCUUGUAGUGGUGUCGUUCCGCGGGACGCGGUCGGCGCACGACAUGCUGACGAACCUUGCCGCCCACUCGGUCCACGUCUCUACUGUUCAGCGUGCUGCGGAAAGAGGGAGAGAGGACGGGUCGGAGACAGAUGGCGAGGAGAGGAGCGGGGAGCGUGAAGGGGAUUACUUUAUAGAAAGCGAUGGGAUGGAGGGAGAGAGGGAGGGAGACGGGGUGGCUGCUUGGAGUAAGCGAAAAGACGAGACAAGAGAGGAACAAAGGAGAGCUCGAGAAACGACAGGAGAAAGGGGGAGCGUGAGUGAGAAUAAGCGGAGGAGCGAGGCCAAGCGACAACCAGCGAAUGAGUUUAAUGAGCAAUCACAGGCGAAACCAAAGCAGAGCGCCAAGCAGAAUGCAACGCAGAACUCAAAGCAAGGCUCAAAGCAGGCCCCAAGGGAGGAGACGAUGGAGGACGUGGUGGGAGAGGAGGAACGGCGCGACAUGGACGAGGUGAUCGCAUUCGGACACUACGGCAUGGUGCAGGCAGCCGAGACGUUCGUGCAUGAGGAGUCCCCCCUCUUGCGCCACCUCCUGGCCCACCACCCGGGGUAUGAUCUGCGGCUGAUCGGGCACUCCCUGGGGGCGGCGGUGGCGGCGCUGGUCACCAUCCUGCUAAGGCCACAAGCGGAGGGGCUGCUGGGGAUAACGAGUGAGCGCGUGCGCUGCGUGGGGUUCGCGACUCCGCCCUGUGUUUCCAGGCAUCUGGCGCUCUCCUGUCGCCCCUUCAUCACCACUGUUGUCCUGCAGGAUGACAUAGUGCCGCGCCUCAGUCUGCACGCCUUGGAGUCGCUGCGAAACGAAGUGGUGGCAUGCGCUGCUGCUCAGCCCAGCAAGGAGAAGCGCGCUCGCCCUGCUUCUUCAGACAACAGCAACAGCGAUGGCAAAGCAGGUGACAGUAACGGUGCUGCUUAUAGGGAGGGCGAGCUGACCAACGCUACCAUACUCCGUGACUCUACUGCAACAGAUUCUUCCUUUCACUCCCUUCCACUCUCUACAUCUCACCCUCCUCCUCUAUCUCCGCACUCUCCCCCGAAUCCUUCCAUGUACCUCCAAUCCCCGUCCGACUCUUCUGCGCCUUCCCCCUCUUCCGCAUCCCCUUCAUCCCAACCAUAUCCCACCACCACGAAUAGCGCUCCCCCCGAAGAGCUUGAUGUUUCUGACUCGUGCUCAUCGGCCCUAGAUGCCCUCUACACCUUCUCCUCCUCUCGUCCCCGAGAAACCCCCGUCGCCUCUUCUCGCACCCCUCGCUCUUCAUCCUCUGUACACCCUCGCUCGUCCCUUCGAUCCUCCCCUUCACCUCCUCCUCCUCCUGCCUUAUCCUCUCCUGACUCUUCCUCGCUGCUGACCAAGCUCAAGUCAAAGAGGUGGAGGAAAAAGAAGAAGGAGCGGGAGCUGAGUCGACAUGAGCUGCUGCUGCUGCAACAGGUGCAGAUGGAAUGCUAUACCUUGGACGAGCACUACUCCAAUGCCGGAGCAGCUAAUACCGAGGCUAACUAUGAGCUACUGCCACAGCACCUGCAGCAUCAGCAGCAACAGCCGGAAGGUGAGGAGAAUGGGUGGGAAGCAGGAUCGGAUCUUCUUGGCAUUGAAGAGACAGCAGGCAACACCCAGGGGAUGGAUGAUAAGGAUAAGAUAGAAAUGCGUUACGCUCCCGGAAAGCUGUACCAUAUAGUGAGGGAUAAGAAGGAUGGGGAGCAUGUGUUGUUGGAGGCGCAGGGGAGUGCACGAUUUGAGAGGAUUGUUUUGUCAUCCUCGUUAUUGUCGGAUCACCUUGUCAACUCGUACAUGUAUGCAUUGCGUGAUGUGCUGAAAGGCAUGUAG